AUGGCGACCAAAGCGCUCGAGGCUCGUUUCAAGCAUUUAUCUGUUCAAGAUGAGAAGGUUGGACAAGAUGGGACCAAUUCAAACCGGAAUUCCAAGUUGACAACAGGGAGAAGGUCGCAGGCACCGGCUCACGUCCAUCGGGCAGAUCCCAACCACCGGAGAGCCACAAGUCUAGUAGUUGCAAUCCACAAUGCACUAUUAUUGAACCUGUCUCUUCCCAAGAAAAUCGAACAAAAGGAGGAAAAGCUCCUCGACAAUCUCGAAAUCCUCUCUCGGUCACUUCGACGCAGACCCCCGAUGAAGUCGCAAAGGCCAGCGAAAUCUACAUCACCGAUAACGAACAACGAAGCGCAAACCUUAAUGGUAUCACCACCCAAUCUACUCAAGCCAAAGACCAACCAGCUUCUUCUCGGGCUCGACAUCCCCUCUCUGCUAUCAUGUCGCUCGCUUCGGAUGCAGAGUUUAAGCCAGAACAAGACAGUGCGGGCGAUGACAAGUGGCAAAAAGCAGCCGCCAAUCAACUCGUCUCCCAAGUGA